UUGACUGGGAUAAAAGGCCUCAGAGAGGGCUUCAGCCCAGAGCUCCGCGCGCGGCCCUGCGCCCCGGCACCGCCCCCAGGAUGAAGAACCCGAUGCUGGAGGCGCUGUCCCAAUUGCUGGAGAAGCUGCUCCUCAUCUCCAACUUUAAGCUCUUCAGUUCGGGCACCCCGGCCGAAGACAAGGCGAGGAAUAAUUUCUAUGAGAUCAGCUCUUUCCUCCGCGGCGACGUGCUGGAAGUGCCCCGGACCCACCUGACCCACUACGGCAUCUACCUGGGCGACAACCGUGUUGCCCACAUGAUGCCCGACAUCCUGUUGGCCCUGACCAACGAUAAGGGGCUCACGCAGAAAGUGGUCUCCAAUAAGCGUCUAAUCCUGGGCGUCAUUGGCAGAGUAGCCAGCAUCCGCGUGGACACAGUGGAGGACUUCGCCUACGGAGCCGACAUCCUGGUCAAUCACCUGGACAAGUCCCUCAAGAAGAAGGCGCUGCUCAACGAAGAGGUGGCGCAGAGGGCCGAGAAGCUGCUGGGCAUGACUCCCUACAGCCUACUUUGGAACAACUGUGAGCACUUCGUAACUUACUGCAGAUUUGGCACCCCGAUCAGCCCCCAGGCGGACAAGUUCUGUGAGAAUGUGAAGAUAAUUAUCCGUGAUCAGAGAAGUGUUCUCGCUUCGGCGGUCUUGGGAUUGGCAUCUAUAUUCUGUCUGGGCUUGGCAUCGUAUACUACCCUUCCUGCAAUUUUUAUCCCAUUCUUCUUAUGGAUGGCUGGCUAACUUCAUAUCCCCGUGUCAGUGUGUAUUCUGUGUGUAAAUAUGUUUAUAUUUAUAGAGCACAAGUCAGUAUAUGCAUCGUCCAGAAAAAUGUGACCUGUAACACUGUGUUCUGGAUAAAAAUGUGACUAAGAAUCAUGCAAAGUGCUUACUGUGUAAGCCCAAGAACAAAGGCUUUCUCAAUCUUCUCAGGCAGUUCCAUUUUAAAGCCCUGUGCAGAUCUUGGAAACAUGGCAACUUGUGAUAGAAUUCACCUUUCCAAGGGAACCAGCCAGUAAGAUGAUGGCCACAGGAGAUUAUUUUUUCUCCUGUAAUCAUGGUUCUCCAUUAGGCCUGAAUUUGAAGAUUAGAAGACUUACUGAAUGAGCCCACUAACUUCAUUGUAAAUUUAUUCUGUUUCAUUGAAAACCUUACAUUAAACUAAAAGAAUUUCCCUUGUUCAGAUGAAAACAUGUUUGAUGAUGGU